GUUAUUUGGGUGAACGAAUAACCCACUCGAAUUCCGAACGUCCCUUUCACCUUCGAUCCAGGGGGCAUAAUAAUCACCUAACCGACAAAAUUAUGUUAAAAAAAAAAAUCAAUCUGAAGUGUCAGUCAGUAGCAGCAGUCCACUGCGCCCGCGCGUGCGUCCGAUGUUAUGUGCGACGUCGACCAACAGAAGGAGGCGCUCAAGACUGUCGCCCACAGCGCAGACGCCGCCUGGUCCAGCGAUCUCUCCCUCUACCAGAAAGCCAACAUGAACUUGCACAUGCGUGCUCGCCGAUUGAGGACGCGCAUGACCACCUGGGCGCAUCUCAGUCCGCGCACGGUGCGCGACAGCAUCCCGCAGUCGCGACUCGCACGCUACUCGAACUACGAGUACGACAAGGCGCGCGAGCUCUCUUACGCCCCGAUGGUGAUGAAGGUGGAGCGGCUCAACGGUCAGUUCAGCCCUCAAGACGUGACCGAACCGUGGAUGUUACCGGAAAUCGACGAUCUCUACGCUGGAUUUUUGAAUUACAACCUCCUGGACGACGAAACGUCGUGGCGGGACACGCACGACAACCUGCCAUGCGCGAAGGACAGUGACACGCGCGAGCGCCCUUACGAGUCGCCGUUUCUGGAAGCAGUCACUUUCGAAGAGAUGGCCUUGAAACUAAAAAUAGGCUCUUCCAACGUGAGGGAGCUGUGGAACUCGAAAUAUCAUCAGCGUUACGGACGGCAUCCGGUGGCCAAGUCUAGGGAGCUGCUGCUAUUCAAAUCUCCCGCCAGUCAAAUGUUUUCUACGUUCAAACGCGAGAUGGCGCCAGAGCGGUUCGACUGGUUUAGGAACUUGUCGGAUUCGGAGAAAACCGUUGCGGAAAUUAAGGGCUUAGCACGAACCUUCAAGGAGCAAAACACUUGGAUCUUCAAGAAAGAGUCGCGGGCGUGGCUGGAGGGAGGCUCGCAAUCCGACUCGGCCGACCUGCCGGCGAACAGGCGACUGUACUCGGCCGUCCUGCAAGGAUCCUCCUGUCAAAAGCCGCUAGAAGUACCGAAAAAAAGCGAUACAGCCACAGAAACCGGCGGUUACUCAUCGUACAUGCGCUCGGUGGGGCUCAGCACCACGACAGCCGAGCAGGUGAACCCCAGGAUGGCGGGCACUUAUCAACAGCCGUAUUUCGUACCGCCACGCCACACCGUACAGACCACCCAGUCGGCCAUAACCCCGAUCCCAAGCGUCUUCGCCUCCCCCACCAACUACAACUACCAAUAUUUCAAUCAGUUCACUCCUCACGCCAGUACGACGGCUUACCUAAGCCCCCGUGUGUACGCGAACAACUUCAUCCCCAACACGAGUCUCUUGAACUUCAGACAAACGAAUUACUUUCCUUUGUUGCUUCAGAACGCCGCCCCUUAUGCCGCCCCCGUUCAAAGCACUUACUACCAAAACCUGCAGCGAGGUUACCGAACCAUGGUCUUUCCUCAGAGGGCGCAAGUGGUGGUACCCACCUCCGGAUGGUAUUUGCAGCCGAACUUGAAGCUCGGACAGCCGGUGUUACCACCAAGACCACCCGUCCAUCACUACAGUUUCAAUAAAGCGAGCACUAGUCGGCACAAACCGGUGAAACCUGUUGCCCCCAAGGAGGAUCAGGAGAUGGAGAAUAUCGUCGCGAAGACAGUGAAGGCGGCUCUGGAGGAACCGGAGCAGUUCGUGCCGGUUACUGGAGUACCGUCGGAGGAGUUGGAGCUUCAAGCGUUGGAGCAGUACGUGCCGAGCAGUACCAACGUGUUCCAGGAGUUGGAACGACAGGCGGCCGAGCAGUACGAGGAGACGACGGGUUCGGAAAACUGCAGGAGCCCCCCGAAAUCCCUUAAUGGUGAUGCGGUUUUAGUUUUCGGGGGGUUCGAUGUGUCAGUGGAGUGUCUUUUGAUAAGGUUAGGGUUAGUCGGGCCGGUAGGGUUAGGAUCUAGUAGUAUUAUGUGUAAAGGAGCAGUUGCUGGUGCUAGUUAAAGUUCAAAAAUUUUCGCAUAUAAAAACUGGAUAAAAUAUGUUCAUUUAAUCGUUGUAAGUAAUUUUAAAUAUAAAAAUUGAUGAUUCUGAA